AUGGCGCGUCCUACUAGCGCCAGCUCUCUCCUGGUGCUCCUCCUCCUCGCGCUGGCCGGCCUCUCCGACCUCGCGUCCGCCGCUGCGAGGCCCGUGGCCAUCGCCCGCGACGGAAACAACGCCGCGGCGCUUCUGUCGUCGUCCCCGGCGGCGGCCGUCGGCGACGCGGAGGACGACCUGAACGGCAUGAUGCAGUGCAUGCUGGGGUGCUUCACGCAGGUGUUCGGGUGCUCGCUCGGGUGCAUGGGAAAGGGCCCCGACCUGCCGCUCUGCGUCAUCAGCUGCGACCAGAAGAGCAUCGUCUGCAUGGUGAAAUGCGGCCUCACGCCGUCCCCGCCCAAGCCCACGCCGCCGGGGCCCAAGCCGCCAUCGCCCAAGCCGCCGUCACCCAAGCCGCCAGCGCCCAAGCCGCCCACGCCCGCGCCGCCGACGCCAAAGCCGCCCGCGCCCGGUCCGCCAUACACCCCGCCGUACUCCGUCGCCGGCCGCAAGACCGAGACAUCCGCCUGA